AUGGUCAGACACUCCAACAAAUCUGAAUCCAUUAGUAACGAGUGUCCGGCAGAAGAGACUCACGAAAAGAAUAACCAUUUGGGAGACUUUAAUUGGGAUGACAAACAACAGGCACUAGUGUUGGGAUCAUUUUUCUACGGAUAUGUUUUGACACAAAUUCCGGCCGGAAUUGCCGUCGAAAGGUUUGGCGCGAAGUGGAUGUUUGGGUUCAGUCUUCUCAUAUCAGGAAUACUCUCGCUGUUGGGCCCUCUCUGUGCUAAGUGGGGACAGGACUCUAUCGUACCGUUUAUGGUAACCCGUUUGGGACAGGGAUUAGCGCAGGGAGUGAUUCUGCCCUCAAUGAACACAAUGAUAGCUCAAUGGAUGCCCAAAAUGGAGAGAAGCCGAGCCAUGUCUAUAAUAUUCGCCGGCUCUUCCCUGGGCUCUGUUGUCUCGCUACCACUCACUGGAUAUUUAUGUGACGAAUCCUUUUUAGGUGGCUGGCCCGCAAUCUUCUAUGUGUUGGGUAUUAGCGCCUGUAUUUGGUUUGUCUUUUGGAUUCUGUUUGUAUUUGACUCUCCGGACAGUCAUCCUUUCAUUUCUCAAAGUGAAUACGACUUAAUAUGCAGCGGACAGGGAGAUGAGAAACUUAGUUCAGUAACAUUGGGCCUAUUCUUAGUCUACGCCUACAAAGGCUUCUUAGGCGUAGCCAUAGUAGCGAUGGUAAGUAGUGAGGAUACAUCAGAUUCAAUUGGUCAGGAGUGUCCCGGAGCUAACACUACAGUUUCAAGCAGUAAUUCACGAGCGAAGGGUGAUUUCCACUGGGAUGACCAGGAACAGGCUACUAUAUUAGGCUGUUAUUUCUAUGGCUAUAUUGUGCUACAGGUGCCGGCCGGGGCAUUGGCUGAGCUGUUUGGUGCCAAAUGGAUAUUCGGGGGCAGUAUGCUUAUCACUGCUGUACUAUCCAUGUUGGGACCGGUGGUGGCCCGUUGGGGGUACAUCCCAUUCCUGGUGACCAGAAUAUUACAGGGCUUAGCGCAGGGAGUGAUCCUUCCCUGUAUGAACGCUAUGAUCGCCCGAUGGAUGCCUAAACUGGAGAGAAGUCGAGGCAUUUCCAUCAUAUUUGCCGGCGCAGCCAUCGGAUCCGUAGUCACUCUCCCACUAACAGGAUAUCUAUGCGAUGAGACCUUUUUGGGCGGUUGGCCCGCAAUCUUCUACGUCUUGGGAUUCAUUGGCAUCACCUUUUUGGGCGGUUGGCCCGCAAUCUUCUAUGUCUUGGGAUUCAUUGGCAUCGUUUGGUUCAUUUUGUGGACUAUUUUUGUUUACGAUUCGCCCGAUUGUCACCCAUUUAUAUCGCAACACGAAUACGAUUACAUCAGUUUAGGUCAAGGGAUUGAAAAGACUUCUGCGAAACGAAAGAUUCCGUGGAAAGACAUUCUGACAUCAUAUCGGGUCUACGCUAUGAUUGUCACUCAUUUUGGACAGAAUUGGGCAUUUUUCGGACCGGCUGUAUGUUUCAUUGCUGUCAUUCUGUCGGAAUGCAACUCAACCCUCGGUAUUGUAUUCUUCGUGAUGGCACUCGGACUCAACGGUUUCUGUUAUCCCGGAUUCAAUUCAAAUUACGUGGAUAUGGCCCCAGACUUCUCGGGUAUUCUGAUGGGAAUCUGUAACUCCAUUGGAAAUAUUCCCGGUUUUGUCGCUCCAAUAGUCGCCGCAAACUUCUACUCGAAAGGAACCUGGGGUAUUAGCAAACCUGUGGACGACUGUCCUAAUGAAACGAUCAUAAAUACGAGUAAUAAUAAAAAUUCUGAAUUAAAGCAUUAA